GAUCAGCUCAUUAAGUGAAUUAAAAAUGUAACGAGUUUUUCGCAGUUUCCAUAAACUUAUUUGUCGACAGCAUGAACAAACCGUAUUCGCUAUCUGGCUGGUUUAAUUAUGCCAGUUUCUUCGGGGUGAUUCCGCAUUAUAAUUCUGACAAAAGUAUUGUGAUUAAUUCGUUUAAAAGGAAAUUAUUCGUUUCUGCGUUGUGCAUUCUGAUCUUGUGUGGUUAUUGUUACAGCCAAGUCCGAAAAAUUCAGGCUGGUCACACAGUUAACUUUGUGUUUUUAACUGAAUUCUCCUGUGAUUUAAUCAUGACUAUGUUGUGUUUACAAAAUAGUUUAAAAAACACAUUUAUGUUUGAGGCUGAGUGGUCCAGGUUGUACAAUUAUCAGGUUUGUAGUGGGUAUUCAAAGAAAUGUCACUUGUUCAUCUUGGGUCAUGCUAUUUUUUUUCUUACCUUUGGCUUAGAAUUUGUUGGAACCGUAACGACAUUUAGUUUAAAAUUUUACGGACCGUAUGGCUUCUUCGUACUAUUAUACUACCGUGUAUUGUUAACGACCUUACUCCUUCUCAACUUUUUGAAUAAUAUAAUCAAUAGUUACAAGGAAGUGACCAAGACAAUCCUAAUUCCGGCUGGAUUAAUGGAAAUAAGAAGGGCAAGGACGACAUUCGGAAAAUUAAACACAGUCAUGGGAGAUAUUAAUGCGAUAUUUGGAUGGGACAUGUUUUUCCUGUUCCUGUUUUCGGGACUUCAAAUACUAACUUGUUUUUGUUACUCGGCCGAGUAUUUUUUGGAUGGCAAGUACACAAAAAUAAUUCUGGCCGGCAUUUUAAUGACCGUUCUAAUAUGUUUGAUAAGUUUGGCACUGGUAUCACUUUCCUGUCACAAGGUUGUAACCAACGUAAAUGAAAUAUCUUCGGCGUGCUACAAGAUGUUGGAAGAGAACCACUUGGAGACUGACUUACAAAAUGAACUGUUGCUGUUGGCAAACUACGUUAAAAAUGAACUUCCAGAAUUCACAGCAGCUGGAUUUUUUACUAUAAACAGGAGUACUUUAUGUUCGAUGUUUAGUAUCACAAUAACGUACUUUAUUGUUGCCCUGCAAGUUAAUAAUUAUAUAAAAUAAUUGUAUCACAAAAUAUAAAUAAA